AUGUGUGCAAUGCGGCAGAAGCUGCCAUGCAGCUUGUCAACCGUCUUAGGAAGGCCAGUAGCUCUGGGCUCGGAACUGAGAACUGGCACCGGCUCCGGGUUCCUCAGCUACAAAUCAGACUUUCUGUCAUUUUUUCAGAGGCACAUCCACCAGUCUCGGGCAAACAGUAAAAAAGCCCAGCGCCCAGCUCGGCCAAUUGUAGUUACCAAGACACAAGAUCUUCCACCUGCACUCAAGCACCGUGCUGGCAAACCCAAGCCGAGUCCAAGCCCGGAGGAACCAGCCAAGAAUGAGAAGCAGGACAAGCGGGAGCCCCUGCCGGAGCUGUUCCGGAAGUACCGCUACCCCUUUGUCGGCUCAAUUGUGGCAGGCAGCCUCUUCAUGGCCUACGCAUCGUACCUCAUCACCGCCUUCGUCCAGACCUCGUCGUCUGCAGCAUGCUGUAGCGCGCAUCACACCGCCGCGCAGGACGACUACGACGAGACGCUGCGCCAGACCGAGCCCGCGCAACCGACCGGUCUGCCGCCGACCAUAUCCCGCGCCACGGCCUCCGAGUUCGACACGGGGCUCGACUGGCCCGAGUGGCUGAUGGGCGUGACCAAGAUCCGCCAGAGCCUGGCCGCCGAGUGCAGGGGCGACGUGCUCGAGGUCGCCGUCGGCACCGGUAGAAACUUCAAAUUCUACGACUGGGACGACAUCGCCGACGUAGACCCCAACCUGCGCGUCGUCCGCCGCCUCGAGAAGCGCCGCGACAUGAAGCUGGCCAGGGAUCAGGAGGUCGAGAUGACGAGCUACACUGGCGUCGACGUCUCGGCCGACGUGCUCGAGAUCGCCCGCACCAGGAUCAGGACUUUGGUGCCCGGCAUGAAGACCCUGCUGCGCAAGGGCCGGACCAAGGAGGAGGAGGAAGCCGGCAACGCCCAGUUCAGAGAGGCCGGGUUCGAGGAGUUUCUCAACCUACAGGGCGACAAACUACGUCUUGUUCGUGCCGACGUCCACAACGGCCUGCCUCUGCCCCCUUCACUACCCGUGGACUCGGAGGCAUCGGGUCCAACGCGGAUGGAAGAACCUACACGCUACGACGUGAUCGUGCAAACCUUUGGCCUGUGCUCCGUCUCGUCCCCGAAGCGCCUCCUCGCCAACAUGGCCGACGUGCUCAAGCCCGAGACGGGCCGCAUGCUCCUGUUAGAACACGGCCGCGGCAACUGGGGCUUCGUAAACAACGUCCUCGACAAGCUGGCCCCGAGCCACUUUCAGCGCUUUGGAUGCUGGUGGAACCGCGACAUUGAGCGCAUCGUGCGCGACGCCGCCAGCGAGGUCCCUGGGCUCGAGGUCGUCAGUAUCAAGCGGCCCGGUGUACUGCAAGCAGGGACCACGCUGCUCAUCGAGCUCAGGGUGAGGAGCGACAGGGCCAAGGAUGUUCCUGCUGCCAAGCCGACGUGA